GGCCUCGCCAUCAACAAGCCUCUCAAAAUGGCCGCAGUGGAGAGCGGCACAUGUGAGCGUCCAGCCGAUAUGGCAGCUGUGAAAUGCCUUUCCUCCUCUGCCCCUCUCGCUCUCCGCAUCGUGGCCGAGUGUCCAGUGAGCAAGGCGAGAGCCUGUGUCCUCACGCUGCCUCACGGUCCUGUUAACACCCCGGUUUUCAUGCCUGUAGGCACGCAGGGCACCCUGAAAGGAAUCACCGUGGACCAGCUGGAGGACCUGGGCUGUCAGAUAUGCCUCGGUAACACCUAUCACUUGGGUAUGAGACCGGGUCCUGAGCUCAUUGAGAAAGCCAGUGGCCUGCAUGGGUUCAUGAACUGGAGAAGAAACCUUCUGACGGACAGUGGAGGCUUUCAGAUGGUGUCCCUGGUGGAGCUGUCUGAGGUGACUGAGGAAGGGGUUAUGUUUCGCUCGCCUUACGAUGGAAAGGAAAUCCUGCUCACUCCUGAGCAAUCCAUCGCCAUACAGAACAGCCUUGGCUCAGACAUCAUGAUGCAGCUAGAUGAUGUGGUCAGUAGUACAGUGACGGGGCCGAGGGUGGAAGAAGCAAUGCAUCGCUCUGUUCGCUGGCUGGACCGCUGCAUCACCGCUAAUAAGAACCCCCAUCGGCAGAACCUGUUUGCCAUCAUUCAGGGUGGGCUUAAUGUAGGGCUACGCAAGGCCUGUUUAGAUGAAAUGACGAAGCGAGACGUUCCUGGUUUUGCCAUUGGCGGUCUGAGCGGAGGAGAAGAAAAGGAUGAUUUCUGGAAGAUGGUGACGCUAAGCACAGAUCACCUUCCUAGAGAAAAGCCUCGCUACCUCAUGGGAGUUGGAUAUGCAGUGGACCUGGUCGUUUGCGUUGCCCUGGGCUGUGACAUGUUUGACUGUGUCUUCCCUACACGAACAGCUAGAUUUGGCUCAGCCCUGGUUCCCUGGGGUUCUCUACAGAUCAAGCAGAAACAGUACGCCAAGGACUUGCAGCCCAUAGACCCUGAAUGCCAGUGUGCUACCUGCCAGAGGCACAGUCGGGCCUACCUACACGCCCUUUUCAAGAGCGACACAGCUGCCAUGCACCACAUCACCAUCCACAACAUCUCCUACCAGCUGACCCUCAUGCGAUCGGUGCGUCAGAGCAUCAUAGAGCAGUGCUUCCCGGAGUUUGUGCAGAGCUUCAUGAAGAGAAUGUUCCCCUCCAGUGAGCAGUACCCCAGCUGGGCGGUGGACGCGCUUGCUUCAGUGAACAUUACUCUGGACUAAUGGCCUCUGCAGGAAGAGACAAGUCUGCCUACUUGCAGUCAGUGCACUGGACUAACAAUCUGCAGUCUAUGACAGAGGAACUUGUCUAAUGGAUGGGCUCUAAACAAAGAUCCAUUGUCUACUACAGUGUAGAAGUAUGGAAACGUACAUACACAGUUCAAAAUGUGGAUAUGCACAACUGUCAUGCUUCUGUUCUGAAGUGAAUGUUUUCUAGAGCUUCUGAAACCUAAUUACUCCUUUCUAACUUUUUUUUAAAUCUUGUCUAUGAUCUGAUUUUAACCAUUUUUUAUAAACUUUUUAUCACCUGUACUAUCCUUUAGAUCAUCAUUUUUUAUUGAUGCUAUAAUUUAUUUCCAGUGUAUGACUUUUUUCUUUUUUUUUAUAAAGUUUACAUAAAAAAAAAUAGUACUGAAUGUUAAA